AUGGACAAGAUUCGCAGCGCGGAGAAUGCCGCGUACACCGAGGCCAAAGCCGAGCUCACCCUCGGGCUGACGGGCGUCCGCGAUGCGCUCUCCGUGCUGCGAGCUUAUUAUGGCGGCGCCACCUCGAUGCUGCAGGCCGGUGCGGACGACUCGCAGCCCGCAAAGCCUAUCCUGCACUCAGCGGCCACAGGCGCUGGGAGCAGCAUCGUGGGCAUCCUGGAGGUCGUCGAGAGCGACUUCGCGAAGAAUCUGGCGCAGGAGGAGUCCGAGGAAGCCGACUCGCAGGCCGAGUACGACAAGGCCACGCAGGAGAACAAGGUGACCAACACCAUGAAGUCCCAGGACGUUGUGUACAAGACGCUGGGAGAGAUCACCUCUACGAGGUCCCACGAGGAACGCGAUCAGCACGUACAGCAGGAACAUGUGCGACUGACAGCGGCUAACGAUCUCACAGCCCCGCGGCCGCAGGGUGGUACCGCAGCCGUGCGGUUGUGA